AUGAGCAAAGCUCACUCUCCCAAACUGAAGAAGUUUAUGGACAAGAAAUUAUCAUUGAGAUUAAACGGUGGCAGGCAUGUACAAGGAAUCCUUCGAGACUCUGAUCCCUUCACGAACCUUGUGAUUGAUGAGUGUGUGGAGACGGCAACCAGCGGGCAGCAGAACAACGUCGGCAUGGUGGUCAGCCAGGGAAACAGCAUCAACAUGUUAGAAGCCUUGGAAAGAGUCUACCCGAACGCUGGCGAAGGCUACCUUAUCAAGAGAAAGGAACAGCAGCAUGUUUGCCCCGUGAUUUCAGAGACUAAAACCCCAAGUGCCAGAGCACAAAUCAAUGGUGCUCCUACAGCACCCUACAGCACAGAUAGCAACUGUGAGAACAAGCAAGUGAUUCCGUCUUGA